AUGUCAGCUUCCAGGGUAAACCAAACUUUUUACCUAGUGGUCUUAACGGUGGCCCUCAGUUGUAUAAUAAUAAUCCCGUUCAGAGCCUGUGAGGCAUCACCGCAAGCUAACGACGACGCUCCUUACCCUCCUGAAGGCAACACUUCAACUAAAAAUGAUCAUGCCAACGACCAAAUCGUAAUGGUCGUAUUCUACUUUAUUUUUGAAGUUCUAAGUUACCUUUUUCACUAUAUAUAUACGAUUAUGUACUAUUUGCUCUAUAUGCCAAUUUAUAAACUUUACAUGAUGUUUGUGUACCAGCCCACAGUUUAUGUAUGGAGUGUAUUAUCAUUAUUUUCUCCAUUGCUCGCAUUCUUUAGUGCCGCAGCAUUUUUUGGAAUUUGUGUUGGAGGCACAGCGGGAUGGUUCUCGGAGGUGAUUAUAGGGGUGUUGACCGCCCCGAGUAACGAUGAAGUAGCAUUAAACGAAUUAAAGAAAAAAAGACACGUGGCAAAACUGAGAAGGCAACUCGCCAAUUUGAAGGCUAGGAAUGGAGGGAGAAUUCCCAAAGAGUUUUAUCGACGUCAAGGCGCUACCCCUCGAAAGAAUAUUUUGCAGAAUGGCAUGUUUGACGAUUAUGGAAGCGAUUAUCGCAAGGAUUAUUCCGCCGGGGGGGAGUGA